AUGGAAAAAUCAAUUAAAAAGAUCCCUCAGAAUGUUCUUCAGAUUUUAAGUGCAAAAGAUAGAAAUGAUGAUCAAAUUGAAAAAUUGUUGGAUUAUUUCGAAACCCUUGAAGACUUUCACAACUACAUGAAAAAUAUCCCAAAGAGCUGCUUAAAACAGCUUGGAAAACAUUCCAAAUUAGAAAUUUUUCAACCUAAUUCAAUUGUAUUUACAAAAGGCUCACCAAGUGAUAAACUCUACGUAAUUUUGAUUGGUCAUUUAAACAUAUUUGACACAUUAGAUGAUGGCACCUACAAAUUUAUAGCUUCUUUAUCACGAGGAAAAAUGAUUGGAGAGAAAAGCUUGAUGAGGAGCCAACCUCGCAAUAUAUCAGCCAUGGCCAGAGACAAUCUUAUUCUUCUAUCAAUUGAUGGGGAAGUUUUUAAAUCAGAAAUGAAUUAUAACACUUCAAUAGAGUUAGAAGAAAAAAUAAAAUUUUUUGAUUUUUACAUUCCUGAGCUUAAAAAAUACUCAAUUGGAAUUAAAGAAAAAAUUGCAAGAGUUUUUGAUGUUUUGAGACUGAACAAAAAAGAAAUUUUAAUUGAAGAAGGAAACUUUGGAGAUAGUCUAUUUUAUAUUUCAGAUGGCGAAUGCAUGCUGAGUAGAGGAGUCCCACCUAGCAAGACUAAUAUUAUGUCAUUAGGAAUAGGAUGCAGCAUAGCUGAUGAAUGCGUCCUGCUAGGAAGAAAAACAGAAUUCACUGUUUGUGUCAACAGCGAGUCAGCAUUAGUAUAUAAAGCAAAAAGAGCUGACUUUUUGCCACUUCUUCCUGAAGAUGUUAUGCUAAAUCUUGUUCAAACUAGUAAAGUGAAAUAUUUCGGAAGAAAAAAUAUUUUAAAACACUCCAAACAGUAUCCAAAAUUGCAAUUUUCUAUUGAAAAAAAGAAAUUCCCUCUUGCAAGCUUAGCAGCACAAACUUCAAUUAGCAAAAUAAUUAAUAGAAACUCGCGCAGAACCCUAGACAUCAAUAGAAGCGCACUAACUUUUAAGCAUAAGUCUAAAUUAGACCAGCUAAGAGAUUUUUCAAUUGAUUCAUUUCAUAGGCCUUCUCUUCCAAACAACCUUUCAGGAUCAAUAAGUGACAGAUGACGAAUCAAUCCGUUUCACAACAAUAACAAAUCUAAUAUGGCAUAA